UUUGAAAGGAAAAUCCAGGCAUGAAAUGCAUUUUUUUCUUAUGUAUAAUAGCACUUGGUAGGAAGUAGUUGUAAACAAGAAUUAUGUGACAAACCAAUUUAUUCUAAGGCAUUCUGAACUUUCUUGAUUCUUUGCUAAUGGACAUACUUCGUCACAUUCUUUUCAUUGGGAUUUCACUUGCAUUUCCUAUUUAUACAUACUUAUCCUUGACAUGUCAUGAGACCAAUUGUUGUCUUAUAUUUGGAUGAAAAUGGAUCACAAUGGUAAAACAGAGGACACUUCAGGACAAAUGUUAUCCCCGAAGAGGUUGAGAGGAAAAGUUGCAGUUAUAACAGGUGGUGCCAGAGGAAUAGGAGCCGCAACAGCAAGAGUUUUCGCUGAAAAUGGAGCUCAUGUUGUCAUUGCGGAUAUACUAGAUGAACUAGGUGCAAGUCUAGCUGAAUCUAUUGGAGGUCGUUACGUGCAUUGUGAUGUUUCCAAAGAAGAAGAAGUGGAAUCAGCUGUGCAACUUGCAGUGGAAUGGAAAGGUAGAUUAGACAUCAUAUUCAACAAUGCUGGAAUUGCAGGCUUUGGAGGGAGCAUUACCAACAUUAAAAUGGAUCAAAUGAUGGCACUGCUUGCUAUAAAUCUUAAUGGGGUUGUGCAUGGGAUCAAGCAUGCUGCACGGACAAUGAUAGCAGGCAAGCAUGGAGGGACUAUCAUAUGCUCAUCAAGUUCGGCUGCUAUCAUGGGAGGACUGGCAUCUCAUUCCUACACAAUGUCGAAAGAGGCAAUCCUAGGACUUGCCAGGAGCACAGCUUGUGAGUUGGGGGUUCACGGUAUUCGAGUUAACUGUAUUUCUCCUCAUGGUGUCCCUUCCGAGAUGCUUGUGAGUGAAUUUCAGAAGUGUCUUGGUAACACGGAGCUGAAGCCUGAUGAAGUGAGUUCCAUUGUGGGGAAAAGAGGGAGUCUUCUACGCGGGAGAGGUGGCAGAUUGGAAGAUGUAGCACAAGCUGUGCUGUUUCUAGCCAGUGAUGAAUCUGGUUUUAUAACUGGGCACAACUUGGUUAUUGAUGGGGGUUACACUUCUGCUUGUAGCCAAAUGAGUUAUAUAUACAAAGAUUGAUGGUCCAGUUAUCGAAGAAAGAACAAGAUAGUUUGUCUGCUGCUAAAUUAUAAAUGAGCAUUUGGUCAGCAUACUCGUUUCAAGAAAUUAUACUGUAUCAAACAAAUAGAUUGUUUCGAUACUUUUGUUAUAGAUCUAUAGAAUAACAUUCUAAUUGAUAAGUUUAAUACUCUGGGAUGGUGGUCCCUACAGCCUUACCUUUUAGUUCCAAAUCAUAGACAAAAGGAAAAGGCAAUAACAAUUAUGGAUGGGAAGAAUGAAA